AUGAAGCACGUGCUGAAUGGCUUGGGCAGGGCAGUACACCACGUGGGUCAUCCGUGUGCCAAAUUGGUCGAGGAGAUCGCGACCACCAUCUCUUGUGCCAUCGACUUCAUCGUCCAAGUCGGGGUCCUUCGUCAGUUGGGCCAGGAUGCGGCGGGGCGAGUCGAGGCCGACAGCUCUGGUGGAGUGCUCGCAACGGUUUUGCUGCAGGCCAGCAAACUGACCCCCACUGCCAACCGCUCCCAGAGCCAGGCACUGGUGCCAUCGAACCCUGGAGAGGAGGAUGUGACCGCCUUGACCAACCUCUCCACGGACCCGGUCAUUGAACGGUUGAUCCAAAGCGAGGAGUUGUUGCAAUGUGUGCGGAUCAAGGCUGAGCGCUUCGAGGCAUCCAUCGAAGAUGCUUACCAGAAGCUCACCACGAGCACUCAGAACCGCCACAAGGGUGCAGCAGCCUAUUGGAGGACUGGGCUAGCCGAUGAUGCAGCGCUGGACGUGGUGCUGCAGUGUGCCAAGGAGCACAUCGACGACAUCGAUGGGGACGCGGCAGAGAGCGAGCACGACAAGCUGUCGGAGGUGCUAAAUCAGGCCGACGAGUUCGUGGCGAAAGCUGCCGGCUACAACGCCUACGUGCCGGUGCUUCGGGAUCUCAGUGCCCUCAUUGGCACCACCAGGGUGAUGGCAAAGAGUUGCCGUGCACUGAUGUGUGAGUCCUUGCUGGCGUAUGCCCACAACCACUGCGAGUCAUUGGAGUGGCAAGCCAGGCUGGUUCGCACGCAGUUGACUGACAUCAUGCUUCGGCAGAUCGAGGAAAAGGACGUUCACCCCGUCCUCCUUGCAUCUGCGAAAUCCAUUGUGGAAGAGUCCUCCAAGAAGUCCGAGCCGAAGAAGGGUGACAAGCAGCCGCCAAAAAAACCCAACGCUGAGCCCUCCGAGAUCCGCGAGCAGUCCGAACCAAAGAAGCUACGUCUCGACAAGAAUAAGAAGCGGGCUGGGGCUGAGUCUUGA